AUGCAACUCAUCUGUUGUGGUCUGCGAAUUUGUGAACUUUGUAGUGAAUCUAAACUUAAACUCCAAAGACAAUGUCCAUUCUGUACCGCACCAGGAAUACCGGAGGUGAAAUAUGACAGAGGUUUUAGACGAGAACUCGAAUCCCUAUCGCUAAAGUGUCCCAAAUGCAAUGAUCAGUGGUUUGGACUUUUUACAGACUUGCCAAGGCAUCUAAACAACCAUUAUGAUCUUGAAUGUGAAAAUUGUGGCGAAAAAUUUAUUUUUUCGCAACAAGUAGAAAAACAUCUAAAUGAAAACUGCAAAAAACGUCUUGUCGAGUGCCCACUUGUCUUUCUGCAUUGCUCAAAUGAGGUGAUAUAUGAGCAAAUGAAUCAGCAUUGCUUAAGUGAUCAGCAUCAAAAUUGUUUAAUACAGUUCAUUAAAACAUUAAUUCCACAAACUUCUCAGAAGCACUCAAAUUUAGCGUUAGAAACACUACUUGACGAACAGUAUAGGCGCAUGCUAACAAAUUACAUAGAAAAAAUCGAUUCAAUAGUCCAAGAAAUAGAUCCGAUUCUUGGUAAAUGCUCACGUCUUAGCUCAGAAGGACAACAAUUUGAAGCAGGUAUCCAGGAAGUACGUGCACAAUGUGUGAAGUUCAAAGAAUCGUUUGAUAAAAAUGAAAAACUUGCUGAGAAUAUAAAUCAAAUAUUGGCGAACAUGAAUAAACUUCUUCAUGAAAUCAAGUCUAUGUCAAUGGUAGAUCUAAAAUUAAUCUCAUCUGACAACACAUACAAAUUCAAAGUCAAUAUCCUUUCAAUAAUUGAUAAUGAACAAGCAGUACAAUCUGAACCAGUUCACACAUCGCAAAGUGGAUACAAACUAGCACUAAGCUGUAGUAUAUAUCUAGAUCAACAGAAUCACGCACGUUACGUAUCAAUCUCUUUCAUAAUUCUUUGUGGAGAGUUCGAUACUAUUCUAUCAUGGCCAUUUGUAUAUCCAGUUACACUCGCUAUUCUUGACUUGACAAAAGCAAAAAGAAAUAUCGAAUAUUCCAUUCCAUGGCAUUCUCGAACUGCGCCGCUUCAUCAACCUCUAAGAAAUCAAAAUACUGUAAUUCACAUAGAAAGAUUUUGCUCUGUUGAUACUCUCAUCAAAAAUAGAAAUAGUUAUUUACAAGAUGACUUUAUUUUUAUACAAAUGCAUAUCGAUUUUAUGGAACCAGGUGCUAAUGUAACUUUUGAUAAAGACAGACCAAUGAUCACAGAAGACUCUAUCCAGCGUAGUAUUGUCACAAACAUCGCAACAAAAUGA